AUGGGCCGGACCCAAGCUUACCUUAUUGCUCUGCUCUUUGCCUCGGGCAGCUGGGCUGCCCCCCAGGGAAAGAGAUCUGUCGACAAAUACGAGAACGAUGACGACCAACCCUUUGACCUUCCUUCUGGCUCAUUUGCCUUCCCCAGCGGAGGAGACUGGCCAACUCCCACUGGCGGUUUCCCCGGCGGUGGUGACUGGCCAACUCCCACUGGUGGUUUCCCCGGCGGAGGCGACUGGCCAACCCCUGGCUUCCCCGGUGGUGGUGAGGGCGGUGACUUCCCUACCCCUACCGGUGGCUUCGGCAGCUUCCCAACUGGCGGUUCCGACGACUCUGAGGACUACUCCCGCCGUCAGGAGGGCGACUACGAGGGCGGUGAUGAGGGCGAGUUCCCUACCCCCUCCGGCGGCUUCGGUGGCCAGCGCCCUACCGGCACUGGCAGCUUCGGCGGUAGCCGUCCUACUCGCACUCCCGGCCAUGGCCACCACAGUGGACGUCCUACUGGUACUCCCACCGGUGGCUUCGGCGGUAGCUUCCCUACUGGCUCUCCCGACGACAGCGAGUCCAGCGGCAAGAACGCUAGUGACGACUACGAGGGUGGUGACGACGAGUCUGGCGAGUUCCCUACCCCUACCGGCGGCUUCGGUGGUGAGCGUCCUACCGGCACUGGCAGCUUCGGCGGCAGCCGUCCUACCCGCACUCCUGGCCAUGGCCACCACAGCGGACGUCCUACUGGUACUCCCACUGGCGGUUUCGGCGGCGGUCGUCCCACUGGCACUCCCGGCGCUGGCCACGGUGGCGAUGACGAUGGUGAGCGUCCUACUGGCACCUUCGGCGGCGACCGUCCCACUGGUACUCCCGAGGGCGGCGAUGGUAGCUUCCCUACCGAGGCUCCCACCGGCGGCUCCGGCGACGACUUCCAGAGCGGCUUCAGGCAUUCGUUGAAAUACGGAGGAUCGAGGAUUUCGGGAUAUGGAUUUGGUGUCUUUUAA